AUGUCUCAGUUCGCUUUCCCGGGUGCCAACCAAUCCCACCGCCCACAUCCGACGGGCCCGAGCCUCAGACCUCGGCAUGGACGCUGGUAUAUUCCUCUAGUCGCUGCAGUCGGUCUCGGAUUUGCAGGAUACAACUACUAUAACGAGGCUAAGGCACGCCGCGAGUACGCCAUGCUGGAGGAAGAAAAGCGGAUGGCCCAGAACCAGCAGCUAAUGGACGCAUACGGGAGCAAGGACAGCCUGCACGAUGUCCAGCAAGCCCUCGACGCUUACCAGCGAAGCUAA